AGGUGAAGUUAAUUAUCACAUAUUUUGACUCACGUUUGUCAAAGAAGCUCCGUACUGUGUUGCCUUCGAGCAGAUAGGGGUCCUUGGUCACGCCGUCCACGUCGGCCACGGUGUUGUACAGGUCCAGCAUGUAUUGCGGCGGCUGCUUGCGUCGGUGUGUGACGGCUACGGGCGGGUCGUCCAUACCGAACACCUCCAGGAGUCGCUUGAUGGCGUCCGAGCGGAUCUCCUCCGACCCGGCCUGGGUGGGCUCGGUAGCGUAGGGCUCCUCCAAGUAGUUGAGCGACGGCCGCGCCUGGACCAUCGUGCACGGCAAAGCGACCAGAAGCACAAACGCGAGCAUCUCGCAAGCUCUAAAAAAGCUGGCCUCUGAACAAUCCUGUCGACUUACUACUAAAGAGGAGCGAUGGCUCCCACAUUCACGUUUGGAAGCCUCUGCAAAGCCUGUCUGCAUGGGAGGAGCCCGGAUUACAGCCCUUGGGACAUUACGGGGCCACCAUAUGAUCCUCCCACAGCAGUGGACAGGCGGGCAGACAGCCACGGCAGCAGUACCUGAAGAUCUUGACGAGUUACGGGAAACAUCACCUGAGGAUGCUGACUUAAAUUGGGACUGAUGCCUACUAACUCCUCGACAGCAUUGUAAUCAUGUAUUUGAGCAAAAAGAACACCACGGAGCGCAACAAAAAGAAGAUAAAAACAUGGGGUCCCUCUGGACAACACCCAAAUAAGGUGUUGAAACGGGCGUCCCGGAAUGUCGCAGAGAAGAACCAAAAGCCAGAUGUGAAGGAGAUCAAAGCCGAGCAGGAGGUGGCGUGCCACACGCUGUUCGCCAUGGCGUCCUACAACCUGAGCCACUCGGAGAGGGUGAUGGACGAUCUCACAUUGGGACGGCGGGUGGGCUUCUACGAUCUCAGGGGAGAGAUUGGAUCGGGGAACUUCUCUCAGGUCCGUCUGGGUAUACACGACCUGACCAAAGAGAGAGUGGCGGUGAAAGUCCUGGAAAAGUCACGCCUGGACAAGCUUUCGCAGACACUCUUUGCCUCGGAGAUCUCGUGCAUGGAGAAGCUGGCGCACCCCAACGUCGUGCGCCUCUACGAGGUGGUGGAGACCUAUAAGAGGUUGUAUCUGGUCAUGGAGUUCGCCAGCGGAGGGGAGUUGUUCUCCCAUAUCUGCACCAGGGGGCGCCUCUCCGACCUGGAGAGCAAGCUGGUGUUCGCCCAGCUGCUGGCUGCGAUCAAGCACAUGCACGACAGCAACAUGGUGCACCGCGACGUGAAGGCAGAGAACGUGUUCUUCACCAGCACGUACUGCGUCAAGUUGGGUGACUUCGGAUUCAGCACGUCCAGCCGCCCCGACGACGUGCUGCACACGUUCUGCGGCUCCCCCCCGUACGCGGCGCCCGAGCUCUUCGGGCGCUCGGGCUACACGGGCCGCCACGUGGACAUGUGGGCGCUGGGCGUGCUGCUCUACUUCAUGACCACCGCCACCAUGCCCUUCACAGCCGUCAACACGGGCAGGCUGAGGCGCUGCGUCCUGCAGGGCUCCUACAGCAUCCCCUCCUAUGUGCCGGCCCCCUGCAGGGAGGUCAUCCAGGGCCUGCUGAGACCCGUUCCCGCCGACCGCCUCAGCGCGGCCAAGAUAAUGUCCUGCGAGUGGAUGAAGGGCGUCGACUACCCGCAAGCGUACCUGGCUUGCCGGCCCACGCCCGCGCACCUGUUGGGGCCGACGGUCACGCUCAGCUCUGACGACCUGAGCGUCAAAGCAGCGUUGGAGGCGCUGGGCGUCACGGAGCGCCACCUUCUGGACAACGGGUCCGGCCUGAGGAGUCCCAUCACCGGCGCCUAUCGCAUCUUAGUGCACCGCGUCCAAAGAAGAACGUCGGCGGAAGCGGCGGGCUACGGCUACGUGUGCAUGACGGAGACGCGCAACAGACUCAAGCGGCUGGACAAACGCACCUCUGCGGUUUGUAUUGUCAUGUAAGCACUUUGCAUGCUUUUCAGUCUUUCAGUCUAAGUGACUGCGUGUGUGAGAUUGCAAUCAAACACUCAGUAACCCUAGCAAAUAACAGAUUUUUUUUUUUUUUUUGGCUCCCUGGCAGUCCCAUUUGAUGAAUAUUUGUAAUUUGAACAGUUACAAUAAUGCAAGGCUGCCUGGAGUUAAAGUAAAGUUUUUCAACUUACAAGUUGCAGUCUUGAGCAACACAUGCUGCAUGGUGACUCAACUCAAUUCAAACUCAAUUCAGCUUUCAUCGGCAGUUUGGCACACAGGGAACAAGUCAUGAGUUUAAUGCCACUCCCAUUUCAAAUUUACUGCCGAACUUGACAUACUAAGUCAUAAUCAUGAGCAUAAAUCAUGUGCACAGAGUUUGAGUUGCUAGGCAGGUUUAUUAUCAAAAUGCUUCAGCUCGGGCUCGUUUUCAGAUUCACAUUUUAUGGUUUCCACUUUCACAUAAAGUGUUUCGUUAGCCAAUAGUCACACGGCGUCAUAAUAAAAAAG